ACUUCGGUUUUUAUUCGGCCAAAAAAAAGUGUCUGGGGGAGAAAAACGUGAUUUUUCAAACAUUCUUUGCUGGAGUUUUCUUCUAUCGAAAUUUUCCGUAUCUCCCGCAGUUGAAUUGUGGUGUUUGUAGUGAGAAUAGCUAAUUGAGAUGUCAGUGCAGACAAUUCUAUUGGAUUUUUCCAUUGAUCCCCAACGCUUGGGGGAUGAGGUAUCGCGCAAAGAAGUUCGCAAGAACAUUGAGGAAGCACUCGAAUCAUAUCUGCCCAACCUUCGAUUUGUCUAUGACAUGAUCACAGAGGAUGGCUACUUUGGGAUGUACAUGGACAAAGCGGGAGUUGUCGUGAGUGUGAGAUUCUUCGUGGCACCAGGCCUUAUCACCAUCAAUAUUGAGUACUUCAAGGAGAACACUGAGCAGCCGAAAGUUAGCCUGGAAAGUAUAAAAUCACUGGAAAAUAUUUUACGAAAUUAUUUGGGAUCAGAACGUUCGAAACAUUUGCCGCCGAUUAAGCGAGGCACAGAUAUUGAUGUGUAUUUAACAAGUUCAGAUGAGCGCCUGAUUGAGUAUGACAUCGAUCAGAUGGUGUUCGAGAAGAGGUCUCCCUUCCAGAAAGUCCAGAUAGUUCAUUCAAAGGUCCUGGGCAACAUGCUUGUUCUGGAUGAGUUACAAAGUAUAAAUCUCGCGGAGGCUGAUCUUAUCUAUACUGAGACACUUAUGAUGCGUGGUGUGGAGCAAUAUGAGGGCAAGGAGAUAUGUAUUCUGGGAGGUGGAGAUGGAGCUCUACUUUAUGAGUUGCUUAAGGAGAAGCCCAAAUUCGUCACAAUGCUGGAAAUUGAUGAUGUUGUAAUGCAGGCCUGCAAUGAGCACCUCAAAUCCAUCUGUGGAGAUGUUCUGGAGAGACGACGAGGUCCCAAUUAUGAGAUUAUCGUGGAAGAUGCCAUGGUGGCUCUACAGAAGUACAUCAAAGAGGGUCGUAAGUUUGAUUAUGUCUUCGGUGAUCUCACGGAUGUGCCCAUUUCUCCCACGCCAACUGGUGAGCUAUGGGACUUUAUUCGUACAUUCCUCGAGGCUUCCUUCAAGGUGUUGAGACCCAAUGGAAAGUUUAUGACUCACGCUAAUGGAUCAAAUUGUCCGGAAGCGCUGAGAAUGUAUGAGAAUGAACUAAAGAAGCUCGAUCCACCAGUCAAAUAUACCACAAGCAAGGCUUUUGUGCCGUCUUUUAUGGAGGAAUGGAAUUUCUACCAGGUGUCCUUUGCCUGAUGCACACAAUUUUCUAUUUGUCCCGCCAUCACCUCAGUUUCAGCAUGUGUUCCACAUUUUAGAGAUUCCUAGAAUUUUCUCUUUCACUGUAGUAUUUUGCCGUUGAGGCGGAAGUGUGUUGUGUGCAGACAAUUGUCUCGAAUUACUUUCAAAAUAUACAAAGAUUAUAUUAAAUUCGUACAACAAA